AUGAAGAAUUAUGCAUCACCCCCACUAUAUUCAAGUGGAAGAGGAAGUAUACAAGAUGCUCCAUAUUAUAUGGAGUUAAAACCUAAAAAAAGUAACUCCAAAAUAGCUAAAACAGAAAGAACAACUGGCCAAAACCCUAAACAAGACUUAUUGGAAUACUUUAAAAAAGAACGAAAUACUCUCACCUAAGUAACUAAUAGUAUUAAAACUUAACUUCAAUAAAAUCGAUCAAUUGACAAUUUAAAUAGUGAGAAGAGUGAGCGACUCAAAACUCUCAAUGCUUAAUUUCAUCAAUUUCCUUUGUCUCUUGAUCAAAGGAUUCAUACAGAAGAAGGAAAUAACUUAAAAAGAUAAAUUCUCAAGGGAAAGAAUUUGUCCCUUGCUACAAUACAGAUGGAAACAAAGUAGUAGAAGAUAGCUAAUAAACAAAGUAAAAUCAAUUAGACACCUUAAAACACUUACAAAAUGCCAAAAUCUACAGUAGAUCAAUAUUUUCAGGAUAUAUAAAUAAAAAGUGCAAAACAAUAUAAAAAUAAUCAUUAUUUGGAAUAUCAGCAAUAUUUCAACGUAAAACAAAACAAAAAUUCAUUGUUGCAAGAAUCUGAAACAUUAAAAUAAUCUAUUGAAUAUAUUUUGACUAAAAAUAAGAGUGAUGCCAAGAAGGUUAUCAAGAGAGUUGACUCAACUGAACUACAUUAAUCAAGUCAAUAAAGAAGUGACUCUAUAAAAAAAGUAAAUAGGGGGGAAGAAUCAAAUCAUUAUGAUCCAAGAAAGCAAUUAAAAAUAAUAUUAUUUUAUAAAAGCUAAAAGUAAUGUAUAAUAAUAAUUAUUAUUUAGAUAUAAUUAUUUAUUUGAUUAUCAAAACUAAACAACUGAUAAUUUGUAUAAUUUUUUGAUUCAUAAAAUAGCUUGUAUUGAGAAAUCUUUUGUAAAACUAGGAGGAGGGACAGGAUCAACUGAUGAAGAUUAAAUAUAAUUAGGUAUAAUUUAUAAUACUAGAUUUAGAAAUCAAUAGAAUAUGUUAAUUUUAUUGUGUCUAAAAGAAUGUUCCUUAUGAUUAUUAUCUAAGCCUUCCAAAUUUACCAUUAGGGGUAUUUUAAGGAAUUACACUCUAAUUAUAACCAUUAUAUUCAUAACCAACUUCAGGCAAGAGAGUUAUCUUAAAAGAUUUCACGCUUGUUAAAUGUAUUGGAGUAGGCGGAUUUUCAAGAGUUUAUUUAGUAAGAAAAAGAGAUAAUGGAAAAUUUUAUGCAUUAAAAUUGAUUGAUAAGAAUUUCAUAAUGGAAAAUCAAAAGGAAGUUAUAGUUUAAAAUGAAAGAGAUAUCAUGGUAAAGAUGGAUAAUUAAUUUAUCACACCUUUGCAUUUUGCUUUUGAAACUAAAUAUUAUAUUGCUUUUGUUUUGGAUUAUUGUGCAGGAGGAGAAUUGUUCUAUCAUUUAAGAAAGCUGAAAAGACUGAAUGAAUAAGAUGCUAAAUAUUACUUUGUUGAAAUUUGUAUAGGAAUGGCAUAUUUACAUUCUUAAAAUAUAAUUUAUCGAGAUAUCAAACCUGAGAAUAUACUUUUAGAUUUACAUGGUCAUCUACUCCUUAGUGAUUUUGGACUUAGUAAACCUAAUAUGUCUCCAGAAGAUUUUGCUUAUUCUUUUUGUGGAUCACCUGAAUAUAUGGCACCAGAAAUGUUACUUAAAACUGGUCAUAAUUAUUUAGUUGAUUGUUAUUGUUUAGGAGCAUUGUUAUAUGAAUUAGUUACAGGAUUACCACCAUUCUAUUCUCAUAAUACUUAAGAAAUAUAUAAUUCCAUAUUGACUGAACAAGUUUAAUUUCCUCCUUAUGUUUAAAUCUCUGAUUAAUUAAAAGACUUGAUUUAUUAGUUACUAGAGAAAGAACCCUCUUAAAGGAUUGGUUAAACUUAAGGAGUUAUUGAAAUCCUAACUCAUCCUUGGUUUGCGGAUGCUGAUUUUGAAGCAAUAGUUAAUAAAAAAAUCAAACCUCCCUAUAAACCAGAACCUUUGAAAUAUAAUUUUGAUGAAGAAGAAUUUAAUAAAGGAGAUGCUGAAUUUAGAAAAUAAUACAAUAUCAAUUUGUAAAAAGAAUAUGUACAAUUUUUAUAUUUAUUCAUUUAGAAUAAUGAUAAUUUUGCUAAUCUCAUUCUUAAGAAUUUUUAUUUUUCUAGAGAAGAUCUUCCAUAAAAACCAGAGCAUAAAUCUAAAAGAUCAAAUUUGAUCGAUAUUAACCAUCUUAACUUAGAAGAUUUACCUUAUAAGUAGGAUUCCCCAGAAAGAGUUGAAGUAUUAGUUUUCAUUUAUUUUUUUUAGGUUUUAAAUACUGAUUUAAGAAGAGUUUAAAAAUAUUAUGGCAAAUCCGAAAUUUAAGAUUUUAUUAAAAGAAAAGAUUAAAAUAAUAAAUCAUCUUCUCUAAUUUAAUCUUCUAAAAUAAGUCAUGCUUAUUCUAAAACAAUGCAAUAAUAAAAUUCACAUCCUGAUUUAAGAGUAUUCUUUAUUUCUAAUAUAGAAUCUAAAAUUUACAAUAGAUUCUACCAAGAUGUAACUUAGUUCUGAAAGGACUCCCACCUUGCCGCAAAAUUAAAGUUCUAAAUUUUAGAAUAAUAGAAUUAAGACUGAAUAAAUAUCUUAGAUGUUAUAUCCUAAAACAACUACCAAUUAAUAAUUUAAUAAGCAAACCAAUUUACAGAAAUUGUUUGGAUCUGAUAAAAGAAAAAAAUGA